AUGUUUAUGAUAUUGCUUUCCGAUAAUUCCCCUUUGCAGUCUGAUAUUUCUGCUAACCUUGUCUUGGACGAAGCGGCAGAAUUAUUAAUUCCAAUCGAUUUCAAUUUAGGGAGAGGCUGUUUGGUUGUACCAAUUGAAAUAUUGUUAGGGUUGGAAAGGAAAUUUGUGUUGCUUAUUCCGCGAAUAUCGAAGUUUGAAUCCGAGGAAGAAAUGUUUAGCGAUGGUUCAAAUGGCGAAGAGGACCGUGAAAUUGUGGAGCGAUUUUCAGGAGAUUGGUAUACAGCAUCAGACUCCGUAUCAGAAUCCAAGCCUGGGUGUUGA